AAUACCCUCUUCAAAUCAUCUUUAAUCCGAUCGAUCAAUCUUUUUCCAAGCUAAGUGAAUUCUUCGAUUCUGCCACAAAGAUCUCUCUUUCUUUCUUCUGGGUUCGUAGAAGUUGGUAACUUUGUUGGCAAGAUGAGCCCUAGAAAGUUUCUUGAUGGUGAUCACAAACAACAACAGUUGAGAAGUGGAGUGGUGAUCAAUGGUCCACGACCGACGCCAUUAAAGGUGAAACAAGAGUCUCAUACCAUUCACAAACAACACCACCACCAGCAGCAACAGAUCAAAAGGCCGAUCAUAAUCUACACUUAUUCUCCAGAAGUAAUCCACACCAAACCUCAUGAUUUCAUGGCUCUUGUUCAGAAGCUCACGGGUCAUUCUGGCUCCAAAGAUCAAGAAAAACAAGAACAGAAAACCCUAAAGCAAGAUCGCAGCUGUGAUCGGAAAGAUAACGAUUCUAAUUCCAAUGAUUCUGGAGUCACACAUCAGAAAGAUAAGAUUAUAAAAGACAAGAGUCCGAUGUUUAAUGCUCCUUCGAGUCCUUUCGUGGCUGAUAUCCCGCUCUUUACCCCAAAUUCAAGUGAUUACUUCUGUUCAACUCGACCUUUCUUUCAAUUCUCCGAUAUGGUAUCUUCGUCUCCAAACAUGACUACUUCAUUAUCUCCUGGUUCUCUAGUUGAGCUGUUGAAAGGCCUUCCUGAAUAUUGAUGGAAGCACUCAACUCAAAUGAUUCAUUUAUCAUUAACAUCCUUAAUAAUUUUAUAUACAUAUAUAUAUAUGUUCAUAAACAUUGAUGUUAUUUUUCGUUUUGAAGAUCUCAGGAUUUCAGAAACAGCCGUGAUUAGGGUUAGAUUGAUCCAUUUGUGAAUGACAAUAUGUAUUUAAUUGUUUAAUUUGUUCUUUGGUUUUCUGAAGGAUUGUACGUAGAUGAAUAGAUAUGAAUAAAGUCAAUUAAAAUUUGAUAU